AUGGCUCACGUCAUUGAGCUGGCGGGGGAGUCAAAUCCUCUGACGCCGCAGAAUGUCCUGAACUCCUUGACGCAAGCUGCUAGCUCUACGCAGCAGCAGGUUCAGACCGGUACCAAGCAGCUCCAGAACUGGGAGAAGCAGGAAAAGUACUAUACGUUUCUUCAGGAUGUGUUUCUAGACCAGACAGUCCCUAAUGAAGCUCGAUACCUCGCCAUUAUACAGUUAAAGAACGGGAUCGACAAGUAUUGGCGCAAGACAGCACCAAAUGCAAUCAAGAAAGAAGAAAAAGACCAUAUCAAAGUCAGGGCCUUACAAGCCGGUGUUGUCGAACCAGCGCCCCUCCUGGCUCUUCACAACGCGUUCGUGCUCGCGAAGAUCAUGCGUCUUGAGUACCCGCAAGAAUGGCCUGAAGGAAUUCCUGCCGUCAUCGAUUCCCUCCGCGCAUCUGUCCAACCUGGCGCGAACCCGUUGCAGUUACCGCGGACGCUUAUUAUUCUCCUACAAAUCGUCAAGGAACUUUCGACAGCUCGGUUGCAGAGAACACGACAGAGCCUGCAAUCAAUUGUUCCAGAAAUACUUCAUGUUCUCGGUGGCAUAUACGUGGAUAAAGUGAACACAUGGGCCCCUGCCCUGGAGCAGGGUAAUUAUGGCACUGCGGGGCUUCCGGAAGCUAUGGAACAAAGUCUUAUUGCUCUCAAGGUUCUCAGGCGCCUGCUUGUGGCUGGAUACGAGCACCCCAACCGAACCAAAGACGCCCAAGAGUUCUGGCUUUUGACACACUCCCAGUUCAGCAGACUGUUUGCGCUCAUCAGCGGCUCUGUGGCACCACCCGAAGAAGUACAGAAGUUUGUCGAAAAGCACCUUUUGCAACUGUCCAAGCUUCAUGUGGAGAUGGCGAAAGAUCGUGCCGCGUCCUUUGCGCUGCUUCCAGACAGCAUACCGCUAGUUCAAUCAUACUGGACACUGGUGGUUAAGUUGGGAGAGAACUACAGUCAGCUUGGGGCGGAUGGCACGUCGGAUAAGACUUUCAUGGAGAAAGCUGGUCUCAGAGCUCUCCUUCUCCUCCGGGCUUGUUCCAGGAUGGCAUUUUACCCUGCCCAGACAAUCAAAUACCAGACCCCACAAGAUAAGGAAGAGAAGAAGCAAGCUGUUGAGCUUAUCAAGUCACAGCUGUUUACGCAGGAUUUCGUCGUUCAUGUCAUGGAGCUCCUUGUCACUCAAUUCUUCCGUUUCAGGCAGAAUGACUUCCAAGAAUGGGAGGCAGAACCGGAGGAAUGGGAGCGCAAAGAAGAGGAUGUCGCCGAAGCCUGGGAGUUUUCUAUACGUUCCUGCUCGGAAAAGAUCUUCCUUGACCUGGUUAUCCACUUCAAGGGCCUGCUGGUGCCUCGGUUACUGACUGUCUUCCAGUCUUUUGCAGAUAAUCGUGAUGUAUUGCUGAAAGACUCCCUCUAUUCAGCCAUUGGAUUGGCCGCCGCCUGCUUAGAGAAAAACCUCGAUUUUAUCAAUUUCCUGCAGACCACCCUCGUCCCGGAAGUUCAGAUUCAAGAACCUGGGUACAACGUCCUCAGGAGAAGAAUUGCAAUCCUUCUUGGCCAGUGGGUGCCUGUCAAGUCUAGCGAGAUGAACUGGGAAUCCAUCUACCAGAUAUUCCAGCAUUUGCUCAAUAAUCAAGAUCCAUUGAAUGACCUCGUGGUCCGAAUUACUGCCGGCCGGCAGCUUAAGCAUAUCCUUGAUACCUUUGAAUUUACCCCAGAAGGUUUCAAGCCUUACGCGCCGUCGAUCUUUCAGAGUUUGAUGUCCCUGGUACAAGAAGUUGAAAGCUCUGAAACAAAGAUGGGCCUUCUCGAUACAGUGCGAUUGGCUGUCACCCGGAUGGAAGAUAACAUUGCUCCAUUCUCAGAUGCAAUCCUCGCAUUACUACCGCCACUGUGGGAAAGCUCCGGCGAGGAACAUCUACUAAAGCAGGCUAUUCUCACUUUACUUGGAGCAUUGAUAUAUUCUCUUAAGCAAGAAUCGGUCAGAUAUCACUCAGUCAUUUUGCCUCUAAUCCGCAAUUCCGUCGAUCCGACUUCGGAUACCAUGAUUUACCUACUAGAAGAAGCCCUAGAACUCUGGAGCGCCAUUUUGUUGCAAACCCCAUCGCCCCCUUCUCCCGAGAUUCUUUCCCUCAUCCCUGCCCUCUUCCCCAUCUUCGAAUCCGCCAUCGACGGCGUGGGUCUGGCCCUCCAGAUUGCGGAGUCCUACAUCAUCCUCGCACCCCAGGAGAUCCUUAGCGACCGCAUUCGUCUCCCACUCUUUACCUCGUUCGAGUCCCUCCUCCAACCCACGCUCCGCCAGCGCGGCGGCUAUGUACCCCGCCUCGUAGAACUAGCUAUCCGCGGCGCCGACGCCGUAGACAACGGCAGUGAAAACACAUACCGUGUCAUCAUCAGCUCUUUACUCGAUAGCUCCCUCCUAUCUUCAAUCCUCGAAGGCCUCUACUCCGCUUAUGAAUCCAGCCAAACAACAGGGCCGAACAAAAAACAAACGAGCAUCUACGGUGGCGUUGAAACAGACUACUUCUCUGUCCUUGCACGUCUCGCCCUCGCACACCCGACGCUCUUCGUUUCCGGCAUCACAGCCGCUUACUCCAAUAGCAACAUCAGCAACAACAGUCAAACUCCAGAACAGGCGCAGGAACAUCUCAUCACCUGGCUCCUAACCGAAUGGUUUCUGCACUACGACAACAUCGGCACCGCAACGCAGAAGAAACUGCACGCGCUGGCUUUAACCCAGCUUCUCACCCUCAGUGGGCCUAAUACCCAGCCACCGGCCUAUAUCCUAAACCACCUGCAAUCGUACCUCAAUGUUUGGACGGAUAUUAUUACCGAGUUGGCGGAGGGCACGACGGAGGGUGAUCCAAGUGAUCCUCGCGGUGGGGAUUAUCUCAUCUACUGGAAUAAUGCGCAGACGGGGACAUAUGAAGAUAACGAGCCGCCAGAAAACAUGCGACGGCGUGAGUGGGAAAGCUCGGAUAUCGUUCACAAGACAAACAUUCGAGAGUUUGUGCGCGAGCGGCUGCAGUCCUUGAUUGUGAGUUGUGGUGGUGAACAGCGGUUCCAAGAGGAUUGGCUGCUCAAUGUUGAUCGAGAUGUGGUUGCGGCUUUUGCCGCGCUGCGGUUGCUCUGAUCGGACUGAUCAGACUUUCGCAUUCAUAUUCUCAUCUGCAGCGUUGUUCCCAUUUUGUCGCUGGAGAGGUUUCGGCCGCCUGUAUGCAUUGCUAGGGUCGCGUUACUCUUUUCUACAUAGCCUAAAUACCCCUAUAGACGAAACGG